CUGCUGGACGCUUGCUAAUUCAAUUCUCUUUUCCCUUUCCGGGCCCUUCCCUAUCGUCGCCCCCUUCACCUUGGAUCAUGUUCAAGAAAUUUGAUGAAAAAGAAAAUGUGUCCAACUGCAUCCAGUUGAAAACCUCAGUUAUAAAGGGUAUUAAGAACCAGUUGAUAGAACAAUUUCCAGAUAUUGAACCAUUGCUUAAUCAAAUCAUGCCUAAGAAAGAGCCUGUCAAAAUAGUGCGAUGCCAUGAACAUAUAGAAAUCCUUACAGUAAAUGGAGAAUUACUAUUUUUUAGACAAAGAGAAGGGCCUUUUUAUCCAACCCUAAGGUUACUUCACAAAUAUCCUUUUAUCCUGCCACACCAGCAAGUUGAUAAAGGAGCCAUCAAAUUUGUACUCAGUGGAGCAAAUAUCAUGUGUCCAAGCUUAACUUCCCCUGGAGCUAAACUUUACCCUGCUGUAGUAGAUACAAUUGUUGCAAUCAUGGCAGAAGGAAAACAGUGUGCUCUGUGUGUUGGAGUCAUGAAGAUGUCUGCAGAAGAUAUUGAGAAAGUCAACAAAGGAAUUGGCAUUGAAAAUAUCCAUUAUUUGAAUGAUAGGCUGUGGCAUAUGAAGACCUAUAAAUGAGCCUCGGAAGGAAUGCAUUUGGCUAAAUACGGAUAUUGUGCUGUAUCUGUGUUUGUGUCUGUGUGUGACAGCAUGAAGUCAAUACCUCUGUGGUUAUGCUGAAUAAAUUCAACAGAUGCUAAAAAAAAAAAAAAAAAAAAAAAAA